AUGUAUGCGGUAUAUAUAAACAUACGGGAUUUAUUAUUAAGGGUAUAUUUUAAUAUUGAAUUAUAUGAUGAAUAUAUUAUCAAUUAUUUACAAUUAAAUAAUUUUAUUGCUACAAUAAUUAUUGGUUUCUUAUUGUUAGUUGUAGGUAUAUUGUUAAUUUAUUACAUGGGUGAUAAUAAUCAAGUAAAUGUUGAUAUAUUAUUUCAAUUUGCAUACAUUCUUAAUAUAGAAUUAUUGCAUGUAACGUUAAGUAAGAAAGUUUUUUUAGUAAAAGAAGACGAAUUUGUAAAUUUAUUAAAAAAUAUAAUUAUAAAUUAUGAUUUACUUUAUAAUUAUAUCACUAAUGAAUAUUCUAUUGAAAUAAAAAAUAGACAUUUAUUAUUUUUAAACUUAAAAAAAAUUUUAAAAAAAUUUUUGAAAAGAGAAAUAUAUUAUCAUGACAAUAUAUUAUAUAAAAAAUUAAUAUUACAUAUUUGUAAUCUAUUUAAUGAAACUAGUAUAAAAAAUAAUUUCGAUUAUAAUAAAAAUAUGCAUAAUUUCGUUGCCGGUAAAUGUAAUUUAAUGUUAAAUAGGUCUAGAACCGAUUUGUUUUUGAUAGAUGAUUACUAUUUUUUAUUUGGUAUUGAUUUGAGUAGUACAUUUUUUAGUAUAAAAACUUUUAUACCUUUAAACAAAUAUUGUAAUAAUAAUAUAUUACCCGUAUAUAGUAAUAUAUUGUAUAUACAUUUUAUAAAAAAUAAAGAUUUAAUUAUUUACAAUACAUUUGAGGAUAAAAUGAGUAAUUACAUAUAUAAUAUAUAUAAUGUAUGUGACGAAAAGAAUUUUAAUAGUUUAGCUAUUCUAAUUAUUUUAUUAUUAAAUAAUGAUAGAAUUUAUUACGAAUAUUGUAGUUUUACAAAUAAUAAUAAAAACAACAGACGUAAUGUAAGUGACAAAUAUUUAUAUUAUAUAAUAAAUGAUUAUUAUACAGAUACUAAAGUUUUUUUAAAAAGUAAAAUAUUUACUAUUAUUAGUAAAAGUUCAAUGGAUAACAAUAAUAUUAUUGCUAAUAUUUCAAAGUCUGGAAUUAGUUUAUUAUUAGAACAAUUGAUUGAACUAUUAAGGGAAGAUACUGAUUUAGGAUUUUUGUUUUUUACUUUCCUUUAUCCGUUCGCUGAUAUUGAAUAUAAAACAAUAUCAGCUAUUGAAAAAAUUAAAGUAUUUAAAUAUACGUAUAUGGAGUCAUGGUUUGGCGAAUUUAAAUCGAUUAAAGUUAUAUCUCCAUGGAGGGAGUAUAUGAAUAAUAGUAAAUUACCGUUAACUAUGGAAUAUAAUGUGUACUAUAAAUUAUAUGUAUUAUACAAUAAUAGUAAUUUUUUUUUUAUUAAUUAUGAUAUAUUGCAUAAUGCCUUUAAAACUUUUGUACCAAAUAUUUUUAAUGGUUAUUACUAUAUAUUUAAUACAAUCAAUUUGUUGGAAAUAAAUAUGAAUACUCAUUCAUAUUAUUGUAAAAACACUUUUAACAUUGAGGAGUGA